AUGGCCUACACCCUCAGCUCGGCCACUGAGGGCCAGACGCGCAGUGUCGGUCCUCAGCACUGCGUCACACGGGUGGAGCUGUCCGUCACCGCAACCAGCCUGCUGGACCGAGAUGUAGCCUCCAAGUCUGACCCGUUCUGCGUUCUCUUCCAUGAAGUGGAUGGAAACUGGGUGGAGCUCAGCCGCACUGAAACAGCUGUGAACAACUUGAACCCGGUGUUUGGAGUGAAGUUUCAGGUAGACUACCACUUCGAGGAGAUCCAAAAGCUACGUUUCGCCAUGUUCGAUGAAGACAAGUGUGCUACGCAGCUCUACGAACACGACUUCUUGGGAGAAUUCAUUUGCACACUUGGAGUGAUUGUGUCUAAUAAGAAACUGCACAGACCGUUGAUCUUAGCCAAUGGGAAGCCAGCUGGCAAAGGAUCCAUUACAAUAACAGCUCAGGAGCUGUCUGACAACAGAAUCAUCACUUUGACCCUGAGUGGGCGUAAACUGGAUAAGAAGGACUUCUUUGGGAAGUCUGACCCCUAUCUGGAGUUUCACAAACAGGGAGAAGACGGCAAAUGGAUGCUGGUGCACAGGACAGAGGUCAUAAAGAACACUUUAGACCCAGCAUGGAAGCCCUUUACUGUGCCUCUCAUUUCUCUCUGCAAUGGAGACGUGGAGAGAAACAUCAAGGUCCUGUGUUACGACUAUGAUAACGAUGGAGGCCACGACUUUAUAGGAGAGUUUCAAACCACAGUUUCCAAGAUGAGUGACGCCCAGAACGCGGUGGAGGUGGAAUUUGACUGCAUCAACCCCAAGAAACAGAAGAAGAAGAAGAAUUAUAAAAACUCUGGAAUCAUCAUCGUCAAGUCAUGUAAGAUUACAAGGGACUACACUUUCCUGGAUUACAUACUGGGAGGAUGCCAGCUCAUGUUUACUGUCGGUAUAGACUUCACAGCAUCCAAUGGUAGCCCUCGAGAGCCGUCCUCCCUCCAUUACAUUAACCCGCUGGGCAGCAACGAGUAUCUCGCUGCCAUUUUAGCUGUGGGACAAAUCAUACAGGACUAUGAUACCGACAAAAUGUUUCCUGCACUGGGAUUUGGAGCCCAACUCCCACCAGACUGGAAGGUGUCACAUGAAUUUGCCAUCAACUUUAAUCCAACAAACCCCUUCUGUUCAGGUGUGGAGGGUAUUGCCCAGGCCUACUCCGCCUGUCUGCCUCACAUCCGUUUCUACGGACCGACGAACUUCGCUCCGAUCAUCAACCACGUAGCACGUUUUGCCGCCCAGGCCCUUCAACAAGAGAAAGCAGCGCAGUACUUCACUCUCCUCAUUAUAACAGACGGUGUCAUCAGCGAUAUGGACGAGACACGUGACGCCAUCGUAGAGGCGUCUAAGCUACCUAUGUCCAUCAUCAUCAUUGGCGUGGGCAAUGCAGACUUUGCAGCCAUGGAGUUCUUAGACGGCGAUGCCAGCGUCUUGAGGUCCAAUUCAGGAGAGGAAGCUGUUCGGGACAUUGUGCAGUUUGUUCCUUUUAGGGAUUUCCGGAAUGCACCCAAGGAGACCCUCGCCAAGUCAGUCCUGGCUGAACUGCCUCAGCAGGUCACUCAGUACUUUAAACAGCGGAAUCUACCACCCACCAACACGGCACCGGAGUGA